UGGGGUUGUCCUGGCUCCUGGGUCUCACGACCAGGCGACGGCAACAUCUCAUUUGACUGAAAGCGUCCAGUGCUCCGACCAAAGCAUCCAAGGGGACCGCCCCCCGCGCCUCCACCAUGCCCAACUUCUCAGGCAACUGGAAGAUCAUCCGGUCGGAAAACUUCGAGGAUUUGCUCAAAGUGCUGGGGGUGAACGUGAUGCUGAGGAAGAUCGCGGUGGCUGCCGCGUCCAAGCCAGCAGUGGAGAUCAAGCAGGAGGGAGACACUUUCUACAUCAAAACCUCCACCACUGUGCGCACCACGGAGAUCAACUUCAAGAUCGGGGAGGAGUUCGAGGAGCAGACUGUGGACGGGAGACCCUGCAAGAGCCUGGUGAAGUGGGAGAGUGAGAACAAAAUGGUCUGUGAGCAGAGGCUUUUGAAGGGAGAGGGCCCCAAGACCUCGUGGACCCGGGAGCUGACCAAUGACGGGGAGCUGGUGCUGACCAUGACGGCGGAUGAUAUCGUGUGCACCAGGGUCUAUGUCCGAGAGUGAGAGUGAGCGGCCGGGGGGGUCCCAGAGCCGCCAGAGCCCCGCCCCCCAGCCCGUGCUCCUGCCCCACUGCCCCUCCCCCCUUCCUUCUAGGCUAGCUCUUCCCUCACUCCCUCACCCUGCUCACUUCCGGGGACGCUGGGAUGCCUCCAGCGGGGCCUCCUUUCCUCCCCUCCCCCAACAAAGAGGGACAAGGCGAGAGCCCAGAUCGCCGGGUCCAGAAUCACUCCCCCUCCCCAGCCAGCAGUCCCGGCCCCAAAGCAGCCCCAGCACAGCCUCUCUCUGUGUGAGGGGACCUGCAAGCCCUCUGGCUUCCACUCUGUGUCCCGGUAGCCUACACAGUGUAGAAUAUUUAUUGGUUAAUUUUAUUAAAAUGUUUUAAAAAAUA